AACAUCUCGAAGACGAAGGCGAGGUCAAGCGGCGGCGUCCGAACGUCAGAGGUAAACAACACGAUGGCCGGCGGAGGAAGACGCGAGAUUCUCUCCCUUUAUAAAUCGCUACUGAGAGAGAGCAUGAAGUUCCCUGCUUAUAAUUACAGAGAAUAUGCUCUCAGGAGAGUUCGAGAUGGAUUUAAAAUUGGCAAAAAUAUUACCAAUGAAGCCGACCAACAGAGAGAAAUACAAGUGGCCAGAGAAUCUUUAGAUGUGAUAAGGAGACAAGUUGUAAUUGGUCACCUUUACACACCCCCACAUCUUGUAAUCGAAAAGUAGCAACACAACACAAAACGGAAAAUUACGCCACAAGUUUUUUUUGUUUGUUUUUCAGGUUGUUUGAAAUUGUUCACCAUUAUUUGUUUCAUACACAAAUUAAUUUUUUUUUUUUUUUGUCUAUGUACUGAUACAAACUCUAUUAUAAUAAACAGAUGAAAAUGUGCAGUUGGUGUCCCUUUAAGCAGAGUAAGUUUAAGGAAAAGGCUCAAGAUAUGCUACCUAAUAUAUUUAUUAGUCACCUUGUUGUCUUUCCUUUUUUUUGUAUGCAAUUCAUAAGCAGUAUUUAGUAUACAUCUUUAUUUUCUGGAAAUCAUAUGAAAACUUUUAACAGGCCUUAUAAUUAAACAGUUAUCCCAAAGUAAAUGUACACUUUAUAUGCAUGUUCUAAUGCAGUCUGUGCUCACUGUGCCUUUCUGAAGAGGCAGGUAUUCAAGCUAGAUGGUGAAAAUCACAUGUAUAAAAUAAAAAGUACUUUCUAUGAUUUUUCACCAAAAUGUACAUAGCAAUUCUUUUAAGUAGAGACUAAUUUAAGCUUUGAUUUUAUCAAUACACUGAAUAAUUGUUAUUUAUUUCUCCCCUCAAAAUAAAAAUGUAUUGUUGAAGUUUUAUACAAGUAUAUGUUCCGUUUCUUGGCUUUGAUUAUAAAUAAAUGUAUAUAUUAUAAAUUUUCAUCAAAUUGCUAUUUCAUUACCUAUUCACAGUAGAUUAUAACAUAGAAGAAUAAUGGUAAUUAUAAUAGGUACAAAAAUAUUCAUUUCUAUGUGGUUGUUCCAUACUCUUAUCUCUUCCGUUAGGUGGCCAGGUUUCAAUAAAAUAUAAAAUUACUUUUAAGGCAGGGUUUUUGGAUUUUUUUUUCUCUACAAUAUACAGAAUAAUUAAAAAUUCAAUAUGUAGUGACAAAUGAUGUUGUAAUACGAACUUAAAAAUGUAUUCAAAGGUAUGUUUCCAAGAAGACUAUAUUGCACUGAUGCUACUGUACUGUAAUAAAUAUUAGAGAAGUUAAAACUAUAUUCAUGAGAUAAGACUUCAAAUUAAGUGUAAGCUUCGUCAAAUCUGAUUUGGAAGGCAAUGAAAAAUGUGGUUGCCUUCUCGUUUUAUGUCUUGUCUGUACAGUAACAUAUGGGGUAGACUGGCAAAUUGGCAAUGACCAAUAUCUAAACUUUUAGAAGUCAUACAAAUUGCUAGCUUGAAUAGUAAUCAUUGCUAUUAGUUUCUUGUCUCCUGUUUAAAAGCUGGAUCAAAUUAGACAAAAGUACACUGAUUUACUUGCAUAUUCUAUUUAUUAACUUUGUCAGUCUCUUUCAAAAUGAACUGUUGAAAGAAAAUAGAGAAAAGUGAAGUGAAUUUUGCAUUUCAGUAAUUGAGCAUAAAAGAUGAUUAAGUAUUCCAGUAAUUGAGCAUAACAGAUGAUUAAGAAAUUUAUUUUUUUUUUAAUGUAACAUGUUUAUUUCCAGAAAUAUGAAGCUGCUAAAUUACAUACACAAUAUUCUUGAACAUGUUAAGAUUUGUACACUUGUAGUAUGGCUCAGAAAAUAAAUACUGUACAUAAUCUCAGUGGUUAAUCUAGAGGCAGUCCUUAAUUAUGCCAUCCAAUUAUCACAAGAUUUUAAUCUUAGCAAGCAGGAGCACAUUACCAUUGUUACUUAAAAAAAAGCCCCAUUGCUAUUUCAAACUAGCAUCUAUAUACAUUAUGGUCAUUCUUCCCAUAAUAC